CGAGAACUACAUUUCCCAUGCUGCACCGAGGCCAACCCGGAAGUGUAAAUUACACUUUCUACGGGAGGACAGUGGGGAAUAAAAAUAUACAUAAAAACACAGGCACACUGCGUUUGUUUGUUUGUUCUUGUUGGGUUUUUGUUUUUUUUAGAUGUAUUAUCUGCUGUUUUGCCUGGGUGAAAGUCACCAUUUCAGAAAUAGCGGCUUCUUUAGGACCCAGAACGCGUUCCUGAGCUUCAGGGUGGCGCCGGGGCCAGGAGGCGGAGACCUCGGGACGGAAUUGGCGGGAGAAUAAGAUUGGAACCCCGUGGCCGAGGCUGCCUCGACUUCUUAAGAGUUCACGGACGCGCCUGGACCAAAUGUGGUGGUGCAUGCCUUUAAUUCCUGCACUUGAUAGGCAGAGACGGGCAUAUCUCUUGUCAGAUACCAGCUUGGUUUACAAAGUGAAUUCCAGGACAGCCAGGGCUGCUAUACAGAAAAACCAUGUCUCGAAAAGCCUAAAAUUUCAGUCUGGAGAGAUGGCUCGGAGUAAUGUGAGGAUUCUUGUUCUCCCAAAAGCUACCAAGAGCAAAACAUAGGCAGUGUCUCCACAGUCACAGAAGAUAGCCUAGGAGGAAGCAUAUCUGUCUGGCACUUAAAGAAGCUUGAUGGCGCCUGUGAAGAUCAUCCAUGUGGUGUCAUUUUCCUCUCAGGAUCCCAAACAUCCUGUGGAGAACUUGCUGAACCCAGACAGUCAUAGGGGACCUUGGCUCAGCUGUCCUCAGGACAAGAGUGGGCAACUGAAAGUGGAGCUUCAGCUGGAGAAGGCAGUGCCCAUAAGCUAUAUCGAUGUCGGGAACUGUGGCUGUGCUUUCGUACAGAUUGAUGUGGGUCGUUCUUCCUGGCCCCUGGACAGACCUUUCGUCACCCUUCUCCCUGCAACCAUGUUAAUGUCCCUCACUGAUUCAAAGGCGGGGAAGAACCGCUCAGGAGUCCGGAUGUUUAAGGAUGAUGAUUUCCUGACUCCAGCCUCAGGAGAAUCAUGGGAUCGACUUCGAUUGACCUGCUCACAGCCUUUCACACGCCAUCAGUCCUUUGGGCUGGCCUUCCUACGAGUGCGCUCCUCUCUGGACUCUUUGGCUGAGCCUGUGAUGGAUCCCUCAGCCCCUGGGCGCUCUGGGCUGAGCCAGAAGUCUUCUGAUGCCCUGGAACCUGACCCUAGCCCCUGGCUGACUAAUCCUUCUAUCCGGAGGACAUUCUUCCCAGAUCCGCAGACAAGCACCAAGGAAAUCUCAGAGCUCAAGGGUAUGCUAAAGCAGCUGCAGCCGGGGCCUCUGGGGCGGGCAGCCCACAUGGUACUUUCUGCUGCCCGUAAGGCGCCUCCAGCCCGUGUGGUAAGCCCACAGGACAGCCACGGGGAAGCAGGUUCCAGCCAUCCAGAGAAUGCAGAGCCCAGAGCAGAAGAACAGAACAGGAAGAAUGAAACGGGCAGAAGGAAGAGAAGGAGAGUACAGGAGCAAAGACCAUCGUCCAACUCAAGUUCUCAGCCAAACAGGAGGGGUCCAGGAAGAGCAAGGCAAAGACAGCACCAACCUCGGACCAGAAAUGAUGGCAAUGUUGUCCAAGCUACUGGACAGUGCCCCAUUUGUACAGGUGCCUUCAGCUUGGACGCUCUUCCUCUGCAUGCUGCCACCUGUGGGGAGGCCUCCCCACCGCGGCCGGCUUCUCCCUCCUCCUCGUCUUCUGUGGACUCUGUGCUGUGGGUGUCCUCCCCAGAGAGCUCACUGCCACCGCCCCGGGUCCAGUGCCCAAUCUGCGAGUUACACUUCUCAGCGAGAGAAAUAGAAGAACACGCCAGCAUGUGCGGGGAAGCUUUUCCAGCCUGAGCCACAAAGCUCUGUUGACUAUGCUGGAGCCUGGGGAAUGGCUCGCUUGUGCAUGAGAAGGGCUGGUUCCCUCCCUCCACCUGGGCCUCAGCACUGUGCUGAGGCGCUUCUGGGCCCAGCUUGUUCCCCUUUCCCGUUGUCAGGGCUUCGUCACUAUGGUACCCAAUUCUCACAAGGACAUUUUCCCCUUGGAGCUUCUUGGGUAGAACUGGUGAUCUCUCCAGGCUCUUAGGACACUAUCUAGAAUGUGUUUCCCUCGGAGAAUGGUUCUUACCUGAUGCCCAUUUUCCUGAAAGGAAAACUGAGGCUCAGUCAGGAGGAAAAUAUUGCCUCGAAAUUAUAAAGCACCAUUAUGUUCUGGGAAGAUGAGUGGGUCUUUUAUUUUAUUUUUAAUUUUUAAAAUUUGUUUCAUGUGCAUUGGUCUUUUGCCUGCAUGUUUGUCUGUGUAAGGGUGUUGGAUCCUCUGAAACUGGAGUUACAGACAAUAACCAGUGAGCUGUCAUGUGGGUGCUGGGAAUUGAACCUCAGUCCUUUGGAAGAGCAGCUAGUGCUCGUAAACACUGAGGCAUCUCUCCAGCCCGACAAGUGAGUCUUAAAUGUGAAACUGACCUUCUGUAUCCUUCAUAGGUCUCUGUUCUAGGUGUAAUCAGGUGACUGCUCUAUAACUUUAUACUUCACUUUUGGGUCUGAGAUGGACCUUCAAUAACAGAAAAACCCUUCAUCCUCCUGCUCAUAGGGCUGUUAAAGGGACCAGAAAGAUUCCUAUCAAGGAAUAGAUGGUUUGUUGUUGUUAAAAAAAAAACAACCUUGGGCCAGGCAGAUAUUUCACCUACGUUGGCUCAAUAUUCUCAUCAUCUAUCUCCCAGCCCCCAUCCAAUGCCAUCAGCCUUAACCAUUCCUAUCUAGACUGCCUUCCAUCCAUAAUCCCAUGGUACUUGAAUUCUUUAUCUGGGCCUUUUCACACCAUUAUUGGAGUCCUUCUUCCAGGCCCACAUGAUUUCUUCUCCUUGCUAACCUAUCGUGACAUGCUCCUUCCUCCUCUCUUCUCGUCCAUCUGCCUCCUGUGAUUCUCCUGUCCUCUCCAAGCCUGGGAACCUUAACCAGGCUUACCCCAUUCUGCCCUGCCCCAGAUAUAGGCCAUUUAAUCAACCAAUCAGGUAUGUCUUAGGUUUAAAAAACAAGGGUAGCUGUGACCAGAUCUUGAGGAUCAGAAACAUGCUUCAGACCUCCCUCCCGCAAUGGUUCCAAACUUGGCUGUAAGGGUUUGAGCAAAUCCCAUUCCCACCUGUUCAGUGAGACAGUUAGAGCACAGUGUCUGAAAGGUCCCCUGGACUGUGACAGUCCAGUUCUGCUUUGAGGAAUUGUGUACUCUUCCCUUUUUCCCAGGAGAUGUCAUUGUAUGGCACUGACACCAGUUCCCCUAUCCCCUGGGUACAGGGCAGAGAGAGAGCAGCUGGCCUUUGCAAAGGGAGGGCACAGGGUGGGGCUUUGAGGGGGGUGAAAGAGAAUACUAGGCACAGUCACAGGAGAGACAGAGCAGGAGUUCAAGCCUUCAGCCCCUGCCCAGAGGUGGAUGUGGCCAUGGAUCCCCUCUCGGUAAGACCCUUGCCUCCCUCCUCUCUAUCUCAGCUCCGCUUCUCACUGUCCACAGGGAUGCAGGGACAGCCUAGCUGCUGGACGAAUAUGGAUACCACUGUGUUGGUGGAAGGGCCCCUAGAGCCAUGAUCCUGGGCCUAGAAGAAAAAAGCAGAGGGCUGGGCCUGGUAGAAGAGCAGGACCAAACAGUAGCAAGGAAGAGAGAUGUCCUUCAAAGCAAAGGCAAAGUGAGGGCCUUUGAUGGAGGGGAAGACGUUAGGAUCCUGCCAGGAGUUCUCUUCAUGCAGGAAGGUCUUAGGGAAAGCCCAGCUUAGAGACCCUCUGUGUGGGUGUGUCUGGACUUGUCCUUUGGACAGCUGAGGGUCUGAAAUCAGCAAGCUGGGAACUGGAUCCUUGUAUUUGUGUGUGGGUUAGGUGACCUCCUCCUCUAAUCACCUUCACAGGCAGCUAACACUGGCCCUGUCAUGUAGGAUUUUUCUGGGACUGGAAGUGAGCUGCUUAAACAGCCCUAACUCUAGCACUUCCCUAAUAGGAAUCUACAUAAUAAAAUGGUGAAUGAGACUGUGUGUUGUCCAUAUGUGUUUGGGACAAGGAAGGCAUAAUGGCUGAU